AUGUACAGCACAAACACGAUGGUGCGGUUGGAGGUUGGUCUAAACUUGCGAUUGGCAAUUGCCUAUUUGAAGAAUUGGGGAGCCUUUGUAGGAUACGACUUUACCAAUCUAGAGACCGACAUUCGCAACUAUGUUCGACAAGAUACCAUCAAUGUCAACCAAACCGAUAUGGGUGUCAACCAAAACGAUAUCAUUCCCAACAUUGACCAAAAUUGGUUCUUGGUUGUUUGCAUGAUCAACAGGCUUGUACUCUUGUCUGAAGAGUCGCUCGACUAUAAUGUAAUCAUACCUUGGACAGAUCAAGAGAUUGAAAAGCAAGGCACCACCGAGAGACCGGCCAGCAGAAUCAAUACGAUCAAGACGAGAGAGGCGCUGAUCGGGUACUGCCUAAAGCGCGGUCACGAACAAGAGUUGGCACUGGCUCAGGCGAUCGUAGGAUUGAUCCGCGAGGGUCAUCAGACAGGAUAUACAUUCGAUCCUCGUGCAUUUACCAUUUUGGUCGAUAUUUUCCGCUCGUAUUACGAAUCACUAGAAAGUGCGAGCUUGUCGCAAGAGAUGCUCAAGCAAGAUCCUGAUCACCAGCGUCUGUACGAUGAUUUCAUUGUCCAUGGCCAUUCGCUGACUUUUAUCAUCAACAUUCAUACGCUCUACCCAGAGGUCAUAGGGCUUCUCUCACGACACACCACCAACCACAUCAUGGGAUACUCGGUCGACGACGGUGUGAUGGGUAAUUUCCACUCCAGUCUAUUGGAGCUUGUCUCUUACCAUAACCCAAACUUUAAUGUUCGUCUCAGUCAAGUCUGUGAUACCCUUAAAGAAUUGGCUACCCUCAGAAACGAAAUCCAAUACCGAGGUGGAGAAGAAAAAGAAGACGACUACGACGACGACCAAGAUGAUGAUGAUGAUGAUGACAACCAACAAGAUUAUUCUGAUGAUCCCUAUGAUGAUGACGACGACGAUUAUAUGCAGAAGGAAGAGAUCACCCAACUGAAUGAAUUUUUAAAAAGUAGACUCCAAAGAUGA